CAGUCUAUUAUACGAUUUUAUCUCAAACAUUUUGAACACAUCUUUUAUUGGCAAAUAUUUGGUUUAAUACCUUAUUUGUCAGACCUUGAAAGAUGACAGGACCCAGGAAGUGGGAGGUUGGCUGGCAGGUGAAAGCUUAAAAACUUGAUUCUCCAAAAAAGUACAUUACAAAAAGACCCAUGAAACCAUUAAAAAAAUGAUAUGAUCGUUAAUUGCUAACAUGGGAUUUGAAAUUAACAGGUUUCAAGGAACAGUAGAUGAAGAACUUGUAUGCCCUAUAUGUUCAGGUGUUCUGGAAGACCCCAUUCAGGCUUUAGUUUGUGAACAUGCAUUUUGUAAGGCAUGUAUAACAGAAUGGAUAUCCAGACAGCCGACUUGUCCAGUUGACAGACAGAUUGUGACUUCGCCGCAGUUGCGCCCAGUGCCAAGAAUCAUUAGGAACUUACUUUCAAGACUUUGUAUUACUUGUGAUAACGCCCAGUAUGGGUGUACCCGCGUGCUAAAACUGGAUGCUUUAACCGCACAUUUAGAAGAAUGCGAACACAACCCCAAGAGACCGCUACCAUGCGAACAGGGUUGUGGUCUUAUUAUCCCCAAGGACGAAUUAAAGGAUCAUAAUUGCGUCAAAGAACUACGAGCCUUGAUACAUACACAACAGCAAAAAUUAAAUGAAUUUCAACAGGAGAUUACCGAACAGAGAUUUUUAUUGGCUGAGCAGAGAAGGGAGAUGCAGUUGCUUAAAGAUUUUAUGCGAGCAAUGAGGAUCUCUAAUCCCUCAAUGAGGGCAAUCGCUGAUGCUAUGGAGAGAGAUGAAGUACUGCGCUGGAGUAAUUCCUUGCAAAGAGCCAGGGUAACUAGAUGGGGUGGAAUGAUCUCAACGCCAGAUGAAAUUUUACAAAGAAUGAUCAAAAGGACCUUAAACGAAAUGGGAUGUCCGCCGCAUAUUCUCGACGAUCUCAUGGAGAACUGCCACGAACGCAGAUGGCCCCCAGGGCUGUGUUCGUUAGAGACUCGCCAAAACAACCGCCGACAAUACGAGAACUACGUUUGUAAGAGGGUGCCUGGCAAACAGGCCGUUCUGGUGCUAUCCUGCGAUAACGGGCACAUGGGCGAGGACAUGAUGGUUGAGCCGGGCUUGGUCAUGAUCUUCGCGCACGGAAUCGAAUAAAUAUGUUCUUUGUGAAUUGCGAGGAAGUAAGUUGUAAUAUAGGUCUGGGUGUGUGAUUUUAUGAGUACUUAUGAACAAAGGCUAUGAGCGAGUUAAGAUGGUAAAAUCUGCACUGGAUUGAUAGUCUAAUAGAGUUUGGCAUGUAAAAUUUGUCUAUUGUAUAUUCAUAAUUAUGACCCCUUUCAGGCUGGCACCUCAGUGGAUACAGGAAGUAGCAAUAAGGGAUGAAAGGGGAAAGUUAGUGUAGUCUUUCAAGGUUUUCACCUCCUAUUUUGUUAAACCUCCAUCGAUUUGCAUGAAAAUUGGCGACUAGUUAGAACAUACCUUAGGAAAUAAAAAUGAUUUGGUGCCAACUUGCACUUUUACCCUGGGGGGUGGAUACCACCCCUUCUCGGGGGUAAAAACGAUUUUAUUAAAAAUAAUGCCACAAAUCGAUAGAGGGACAAAUUAUAAGUAAA